AUGGAUUACUCCUACUACAACGGCGCCCAGACCCAGCCGUUUUCCCUAUAUGGCCUCCACGGAAUACCCACGCCGGAUCAGAAUCAGACCCCUCAUGCUACCGAUGACCUUCAGGACCCAUUCUCUUCGCUAUCCUUUGGCCUCAAUCCUGGUGCUUCUUUUGUCCCACCGCCACAUUCGCCGCCGGAGUCGUUCUCAAAGCAUUCGGUCUCUAGUAAUGAUGCUGCCAAUCACCCGACGGAUCCCGCGUCUGCUGAUGGCGGGGACGAUCAACUCAUGGAUCAGGGUGGACGGAGCGAUAGUGAAGAGAAAGAUGGAUCAGUGCCUGCGCAAUCGAAGCGCAAGGCGCAGAACAGAGCUGCUCAACGAGCAUUUCGCGAAAGAAAAGAACGCCACGUAAAAGAACUCGAACAAAAAGUCGACCAACUAGAACAAAGCUCGACUCGACUCCAAGCCGACAACGAACGACUAAAGCAGCAGCUCGCCAAAUUCUCCACCGAGAAUGAGAUCCUCCGCGCAACAUCGCAUAACAAUAACAACAACGCCACCGGAAACUCGAAUCAUCGCUCCGACCCCGAGCCAACCACCACAGGACCGAUGGAGUAUUCCCCGACAGACUUCUACUCAACCCUUAUUCCCGACGGAGAACCGAAUGCUCGUCAUCGCAUCACCGUUUGUCAGAAGACCGGGGAGAGGCUGUUCGAUGCCGGCGCGACUUGGGAUUUGAUUCAGGGACAUGAGCUAUUCAAGCGCGGGCUUGUGGAUAUCGCGGAUGUCUCUGAGCGACUGAAAAGCAUCGCGCAGUGCGAUGGACAGGGCCCUGCUUUUAGGGAAGGGGCGAUACGCAGCGCUAUCGAGGAGAGCGCUGCGAAUGGCAAUGAUGAGCUGAUUUGAAAGCUGUCGUGUCAUGUUUCAAGCUGAUGAUGUUAUGUCUUUUGAAUCUUUUUUUGGUGUGUUGCUUGGGAUCCCGGCAAUGACGCGCCAGAUACAAGUACUAUGACUGGCUGGAGUAUUCGGCGCUGCGCUUUCGUGCACCUUCUGGCUUGGUGGGAACUAGGCCAGAGUGGAGGGUAACCGGUUGCCUUGGUUGCCUUGGAUUUUUUCUUGGGAGUUAUUGGGCUAAGAAUAGCGUUUUCCUUUUGACUAUAUCAU